CAGUGCGCAUGCGCGCAGAGAGACACGUGUGCAGUCAGCUGAACGCUGAGGAUGUAAACACUGAGCAGCGCGUGUUGAUCAAUAAGCGCUGGACCUUGAUCAUUCAGUUAGUUAUUAGUUUUGCUGUCUGUCUCCCAAACAGCUGUAUGUGUUUGUCCUGCUGCAGACAAUGGCCCCGUUAAAGUUUUGUGCCAAUAUUUCAUGGCUCUUCACGGAAUUGCCGGAGUUCACGCAGAGGAUGCGUGCUGCUGCGCGUGCGGGGUUCCGAGCGGUCGAGGCGGCGUGGAUCUACAGCGCUGACCUGAAAGAGUUAAAAGCAGUGAAGGAUGAAACUGGACUCGAAUUUGCACUCAUAAACACACCCCCGGGAGAUUUAAAUGCAGGAGAUUUGGGAUUGGGUGCUGUUCCUGGAAGAGAGCAGGAAUUCAGGCAAGGUUUGGAUCUGGCGGUGCGGUUCGCCAAAGCACUGGACUGCAGAAGGAUCCACUUGAUGGCUGGGAGGGUGCCUGCGGGGGCGGACCGCUCUGCCGUUUCCAUGGAGAUGGAGGACACCUUUGUGCAGAACCUGAAACAUGCUGCAGGUGUCCUCUCAAAGGAAGGAAUUCUUGGAUUGAUUGAGCCAAUCAACACCAGAAUAACAGAUCCACGAUAUUUCCUCGACUCCCCAAACCAAGCUGCAGUGAUUCUACAGAGAGUCAGUCAUCCCAGCAUCAGGAUGCAGAUGGAUAUCUACCACUGGCAGAUCAUGGAUGGCAACUUAACGCAAAAUAUACGCAAAUACUUACCAAUGACAGCUUUACUGCUGUCACAGGUCACAUCCAGAUCGCUCAAGUUCCUGACCGCCAUGAGCCGGACAGCGACGGAGAGCUCAGUUUCUCAUACCUCUUUAAACUGCUGGAGGAGCUGGACUAUCAGGAUUACAUCGGCUGCGAAUACAAACCUCAGGGGUCCACGGAAGCGGGUCUGGACUGGGUCACAAGAUACUGGAACAGUCACAACCGAGGACCAAUUUAAUUCCUCCAUAUUCUAAAAGGGCAGCGUGUAUUAAAAUGCCAAGAUUGUAAUUUUCUACAGCUUAAAACAGACUCCCAUUUUCAAUUGUUUUAUUUUUUAAUAUUUCACUUGUGCAUGGCUGUCAAUAGCUAUGAAAUGGCAUUGGACAUGAACACUUCAGAUGUUUUAAUUUAAGAUUUAUUGUCAAGCGUUUUUUUUUUGUACAAAUCCACCUCUAUUUACAUAAUGUACAAAUUACAACAUUCUCAGACAUUUCAAAUCCUAAUUAAUGCUCUAACUUUUUAAUAAAUCUUUCUUCCAAAAA